AUGUCAAUUUUUGUGGAGUUAAAAAGUAAGUUAGAUCAGGCAAUAACUGGAGUGAAUCGGUAUAACCCAAAUAAUGUUGAAACAUUAGAGAGUUGCAUUGAAGCAAUGGUACAGGAAAACCAAUAUGACAAAGAUAUACUGGUCACCACGCUAAAACUUUAUCAACUUAAUCCCGAUAAGUAUAAUGAGAGUGUAGUGAAGCUGAUAUUGUUGAAAACAAUGAUGAUGGCUCCGAAAAGUGAUUAUGCUCUCGCAAAAUAUCUAAUUGAUUCCAGCCGAGUUGGUUCACCAGAGCUUAAAAGAAUAUUUGACAUUGGGGCUUUGUUGGAAUCUUGCAAUUUCGCUGUAUUUUGGCGUUUGAUGCGAGGGGAUUAUCGACCACUAGAUGAUGUCAAUGAACCAUUUAGACAGCCUGGAGAAAUUCCUAAAAUCAUCAAGGCAGUACCAGGAUUUGAAGAAAGUGUGCGAAAUUAUGCAUGUCAAGUAAUCAAUGUUACUUUCCAGAACAUUGAAAAGUCUCUUCUCGUUCGCUUAUUAGGCGGAGUUUCUGAUAAGCAAGUAAAUGAAUAUGCUCGAUACUAUGGCUGGAUACCGAAAGAGAACGGUGAAGUGUACUUCGUGCAGAAUCAUGAAGCAACAAUCAAAAGUAGAAACAUUGAAGAGAAACUCCAAUUUGACACUUGUAAAGAUUUGUUGCGGAUGUGUUCUUGA